GCACCUGAAUGGACAGAGGAGGACCUCAGCCAGCUGACAAGAAGUAUGGUUAAGUUCCCAGGGGGAACUCCAGGUCGAUGGGAAAAGAUUGCUCACGAAUUGGGUCGAUCAGUGGCAGAUGUUACCAUGAAAGCCAAACAGCUGAAGGAUUCUGUUACAUAUACACCAGGUGUCAUUAGGCUCUCUGAGCUUAAAACGCUGGCCCAGAAUUCCAGGAAUGUCAAAGUCAAUGUGAGUUUGCCAGACCACAUAAUCACCCAACGAGAAAGGGAGGAGGAAGAGGAAGGGAACUACAGUCAUAUCCCAGAGCAGUUGUAUGGCCAAAUAGAUCAAAAGGAGAUGAUUGCACGUGAGGCUAGAUACCGGAGACGAAAAAUUGUCAAAGCACCUGAAAUGACUCUACCAGCAAUGAAAGAGGUAUCAGAAGAGAAGGGCAGAGGAAGACGCCAGAAGGAUUUUGGUAACACCGAACAAGAGGAUGAGAGUGAUGAUGAGAGCAGAAAAAGAGAUAAAAGCCGUGCCCCAGAAGAACUGUGGACUCAAAAUCAACAGAAACUUCUUGAAAUGGCCUUACAGCAGUAUCCAAAGGGAACAUCCGAUCGUUGGGAUAAAAUAGCAAAAUGUGUUCCUGGAAAAAGCAAGGAGGCCUGUAUAGCAAGAUACAAGUUGCUGGCUGAACUGGUACAAAAGAAAAAAAUGGCUAAAAGCUGAGUGUUCUGAGCAGAAGAAGUGCAGCUCAUCUGUGUCAAAAUGGGCUUUUAAAUCUCAUAUGCAGCAAACUGCAUUUUUGUACCUCAGUAUUUCUAUACGUCAUGUGCCUUAGUAAAAGAAAAUAUCAAUAAAUCUUACGCCAUCUUA